AUGGUGUUAGAAGAAAAACAGAAAUUAUCACAAGUAUCAUACAUAAAACCAUGUAAACCAACCGACAAGGCUUGCAUGCUUGCGAGCGCGCAGAACGCAAUCCAGUACGUGUCGUCUGGGAUCCCGGAGUUUGGCGUGAUACCCUCUGACCCUCUAUCCAUCAACGAUGUUCGUAACGAUGAUGCCAACCUCAAACUGGGCUUUAGAAACAUGAAAAUCGUCGGUGCUAGCAAGUGCAAAGUUGAAAACAUAUCGCGUGAUUUAGCUAAAUCUACGGUCACUGUAACAAUGGAAUGUCCCCUAAAAGCUAACGGCCAGUAUGAUCUUAAAGGAAAGAUGCUGUUCUUUGAAGCCUUUGGAGAUGGCGACUUUGAAAUAAAAACAAACAGAGUGAAAAUCACCGUAGUACAAAAAAUAAAGUCAGUCCAAGGAGCAGACGGCAAGAAACAUUGGAAAAUCACUGGGUUCGACUACUCGUAUGAUUUAGUUGAGAAGGUUGACAUACAAUUCGACAAUCUCUUUGGAGGAGAUGAGACCAGAGCCAAACCUAUCCUAGAAAUCAUGAACCAUAGCUGGAAAGACAUGGUUACUGAAAUUGGUGGACCAAUCAUAAAGCAACUGCUCUCCGAAAUCAUAGCAAUUGUCAACAAGUUCUACCACGCAGUACCAUCAGAAAACUUUGAAAUAGUUGAAUAAUGAGUCCUAGGG